GGUUGUGUGGACGUAAGUAGUGUUGACAAGUUGUGGAAACAAGCUGAAAGCCAGUGCUGUGAUAUACUUGUCCUUAUUAUUUACCAGUAAAGAUGACAGCGCCAUUUGAGAAGCCUCAAAUCAUAGCUCACAUACAGAAAAGUUUAAACUACACAGUGUUUGAUAGUAAAUGGAUACCAUGUAGUGCAAAGUUUGUCUGCAUGGGAAACUUUGCAAGGGGGACUGGGGUGAUGCAAAUUUACGAAGUGCAACAUGGAGAAGUCCAACUUGUGAAAGAGAUUGAGAAAGCAAAGCCCAUAAAGUGUGGGACUUUUGGGGCCACAUCUCUUCAACAACGGCAUCUUGCAACUGGGGAUUUUGAUGGGACUCUCAACAUAUGGAACCUAGAGGUGCCUGAGGUUCCAGUGUACUCAGUGAAGGCUCACAAGGAGAUUGUGAACGGCAUAGAUGGUGUUGGAGGCCUUGGGAUUGGUGACGGUGCUCCCGAAAUAGUCACCGGGAGCAGAGAUGGCACAGUAAAGGUGUGGGACACCCGGCAGAGAGACUCACCCGUGGCCAACAUGGAGCCAGGGGAGGGGGAGCCCAAGAGGGACUGCUGGACUGUUGCCUUUGGUCAUGCUUUUAAUGACCAAGACCGCUGUGUCUGCGCUGGCUAUGACAACGGUGACAUCAAACUCUUUGACCUCAGAAACAUGUCUCUACGAUGGGAAACCAACAUAAAGAAUGGGGUGUGUUGCGUGGAGUUUGACAGGAAGGACAUUAACAUGAACAAACUGGUAGCCACUUCAUUGGAAGGGAAAUUCCACGUCUUUGACAUGAGGACCCAGCACCCCACCAAGGGCUUCGCGUCUGUGUCUGAAAAGGCCCAUAAAUCUACUAUCUGGCAAGUAAGGCAUUUGCCUCAGAACAGAGACAUCUUCAUGACGGCAGGUGGAGCAGGCAACCUGCAUCUAUGGAAAUAUGAGUACCCUGCCCAGAGAAGUAAGAAGGAUGCAGAUGAGGUGGAUAUGGGUGUAGCUGGCACAGUCAACCUAUUGCAAAACGUCACCCUGUCAUCCCAGCCAAUCGCCAGCCUGGAUUGGAGCCCUGAUAAGCAGGGCCUGUGUGUUUGCUCAGCCUUCGACCAGUCUGUCCGUGUGCUUAUUGUGACCAAGCUCAACCGCGUGUGAAGUGGAGUAAGCAGGAGGAAUGCAGAUAGAAUAUUUAAAUGUAUGUCUAGGGGCAACACUCUGAACUGGACAUGGCUUUAUUGACAUUCUUAGUAUUUGUCAUCCCUUUAGUUUACUUGGAAUGCCCUGAUUUUUCAGAUGGUUUCCCUGAAACAAGCUUCUGCUUAUUGGAGCCUUGCUAAACACAAAAAACAAUCUGCAUAUAUAGAAUUGAUGUUUGUUUUCUGAUAGAAGAAUUCCCCACCCUUUUUUCAUUGGGUAUUGUUAGAAUGAGCUUUCCUCUUCUCAAUAUGUUGUGGGGGUCAAAUGUCCUUUCUUAUCCACUCUCAAUAUUUGUACUGAUUGGAAAGUUCAUGUUCACUCCAAAAUUAAUUGAUAUUGAAUGCUGCUGAAUCUUAAUAUAUUGCUGCAGUAUGUGUCAAUGUUUAUUUCUUUAUAAGGGUGGUCCUCUGUGUUGAACUAUUGUCAAUUGAUGUGUUUUCCAAAUAAAUGGACUUUGAGAAAAUCGA